CGGCGACGUACGAUUGUACAGUGUGUAAUGCACAUGGCUUAUCAACUCGCACAAAGUUGUUUUUCAAUUAUCGAUUGCAUAAGUGUUUCUAGACAUAGAGGCCUGCAUUCCGCAUCCUCUUCGAUAAAAGCACCUCUACAAGUGGUUUGCAGCCAAUCGGAAGACUCGUUAGCCACUUUUAGAGGCGCUUUUAUUGAUACGAGCCGAAGAGCACAUUGCAGUUCAGACCUGAAUAAAGAGUUGAUGUGCAGCCAACGAACGAGAUGCAAGCCAGAAGGUGCACGGCGAGGCGUGUUUAACUAUUCCACGCGGCCGAAUUAGUGGCGGUCUCUCGUAGGUACAGGAGGAGCUCCGCAGGUGGCUCGAGAUGAGGGAAGUGCAGUGGCAGAAAAAUCUGUACGAGAACUACGGACUGCCCGAUAAUUACACGGACAGCUCCUUCUUGGAACAGCUGCGUAAGAACAUAAAACCGAACAACGUGACGUUGAUAGAGGCGAUAAGCCUGGGCGCCAGCGUAUCCACGAGGCUGAACGUGGUCGUGCUUUUCGUCAUCAUAUUUAUUUGGCUGAACAACGAGUGGACGACGCCGAACGUCAUCGUAAUAUCAGGGAGCGUCAUGACGGUCCUCGGGUACUUCGCGUACAAUAUGAAGGUGCCCGAUCGACCUGUAAAACCGACGAAGGAUCUGUGGACAGUGUUAAUAUUUCUAACAUUUGGCUACGUACUGUCGCCCAUUUUGAAGACCUUGACGGAAACGAUCAGUACGGAUACGAUUUAUGCCAUGACGAUAUCGAUGUUCCUCACCCACUUAAUAUUCAGCAAGUACGGAUCGUCACAGAUCUUCCUCACGGACUCCCUGUCCAUAACUUCCUCGAUCUUCGGCUCGUUGAUGCUGGCUUCCAGAUUAGCGUCCCCGUUGCACGCCUUCUCGCUCUUAACCGUCUCAGUUCAGUGCUUCGUGCUGUUGCCUUAUUUGCUGUCACGGAUAAAUAAUAAAAUUAUUACAUCGGCCGCCCUGACAGUCUGUACCAUAUAUUUGCUUCUCUUUAUUUCGCAAACGUUUUCCUACGUUUUUGUUAUCGCUAUAAUAUUCCUUGAUAUUGUCUGUCCACUUUGGUAUAUCAGGUGCCAGAAGUACAAAGAUAACAUUUACGGCCCUUGGGACGAGGCAAUAAUCGCCUCUUGAAUAGAAAGCGUUAGAUUUCUUUAAGAGUAUUAAUAACGAUUUUAAACUUGCACAUAUGUAUAUAUGUAUAGCAAAAAUAUAAUCCAAAAUUGUAUAUUUGAACUCUUUGAAAUACAAUAUUCUAUAUUUAUCACGUAUCUUUACAUAGUAUCGUUUAUGUUAUCCAUGUAAUAAAUAAUGAUUUUACAAGAAUA